AUGGAGGGUCACUUCCUGAGAGAUGGUGGUGGUUGUGCUGUUAAUCAAAACAAGAGGCCUGACAAAUUAGUUGCACAACUACAGCUAAAAGAUGUCAUCAGAGCAACAUCCAGUGGUCUGCAUGGCAUUGAACAUCUUAACUUACAAAAUGUUUCAAAUGAGACCGAGCUGCUCAAAAGACAAAUGCUGUCAGAGUUUGUACCUCGACCACCCAAGAGAGAAAGGAGAAUGAAGCCAGUGUUUCAUGAGAAGGAUCAGUACCUCACACGACCAAGAGUCACUGCUCACUCAGCUGUGGAUCCAGCAUCAAGUAUUGCUUUAGACUCGAGAACCAGGAGAUACCCGUACCUCAACAAAAGACUUGUCACUACUGCAGAUUUGAAGAAACCUCAUAUAUCUUCUCUGGGUGUGAUACCAGUUCGUUCAAGUGCAGAAAUUCCAUUCCUGAGGGUGGUUCUGGAAGGUGUCCCUGCAGCAGCAGUUCUUGAAGAAGAG